AUAUUUUGUGUAUGAAAACAUUUUCUUUUCUUUUUUUGUGAACACUAUGCAUUGAGAGGAAUGAUUUUUAGUUUAAGACCUGAAAGAUGCCUGGAAAUCAGUAGUUGUACAGUAUGUUUGUUUGCUCUUAAAUACGGUGUUCCAAAAUGAUUAUAGCAGCUAGAACAGAGGUACAAGUCGAAGGAAAAGAUGGAGGGAAAGAAUGAGUCACGAUACAGAGAUAUGGAAACAACUGAAAGAGAGACGUGAAAUGCAGCAAGACUGUUCGACGUAGAACGAUGGAUGCCAUACGCGGGAGGGAGGGAGGAUAAGAGGCAGACACGCAGCAAAAAAUAGCUUAGAGGGAGAGUGCGUGGCAGAAAGCCGGUCGUUUCUCUCGUGAGUUUGCACAGUGCAGACAGCCCUGCCUCUUUCUGUGCUACGUCACAGCAGAGCUGAGUGAGCAGGACUACCCUGAUGCUGAAAGGAGGAGAGGAACACUUUAGUCUGCUCAAGUGGUACUGUGUGCUGCAUCUCAUCUGUGGAUCUCCUAUUGACAUCACAGAGCUCACCUCGCCAAAUAAGAGAUUAGGCUCGUAUAUCAAAGAUAUAAAGUCUUCCUCCUGCUUCUAAACUCUCAAGACCUUUUGGACUGUCCUUCAUCUUUUUGCUCCUUUCACUCAUUCAGCUGUCACUCCGAGCUCUGGGUUCACACGAUACAGCUGUGCCUUUUACACUGGAGGUCAAGUAGAUUUAAAGCUGGAUCUUAUCAACUGAGGACUCCAUCCAACAAACAAGAAACUCAACCAGAGGAUUUAUUUUGAUUCUAGAGUUGUGGAGUUCUGGAGGACCACUGAGCUAUUCAGCAUUAAUUUACUGGCAUAAAACAGUCUUAUUUUUAAUGUUAGUUUUUGCAGGUUGCUGGGUAAACUUAAGACUUUGACUGCAGAUGUGGAUCAUCUGUGCUUCUGGAACAUUUUGACUGAUGAAUCAGAAAUCGUGUUAAUGAUUGUUUUUCCCCAGAGGUGCUGACAAAUGGAUACCUCAUUACUGCUGACUCACCACUGGUCCAAAGAUGCCAUGCUCCAGCUCCCUCAAGUUGGAGUUAAAGCUUAUACAUUUGAUUCUGCCUGGGAAAACAUAUCAUUGAUUGGAAGGAAUGAAAACAUGACGAAUGUCUCGCUUGCUUGAAUAGAUAUCGGAUCUCCAGUUUGGUUCAAAGGGAUGCUGAAUGUUUAUCUUGUGUACUGCCAAGAAUGAUGCAAGAAGUAGCUGUCAUCUUUGGGUCAUCCCUUGAGAGCAGAACAUAUAUAUGCUCCCAAAUGCUGCCUCUCAUUUCUUCAGGAAGAGCCUUAGGAACUGCUUGAAACAUUUCCCCUGUUUUAAACCAAGGACAAACUCAUUGAUUAUUUUCAUCUUUGGUAUUUCACUUCCUUACGUUAUUUUGACCCCUCAGACCUUUUUUAUUUUUAAUCCGAGUUUUUUUUUUCCUUUGGAAUGAAGUUACACUUACCAUGGGAUAACUAAACAUCAAACUAAGUGCUUUGAUUAAUCCCCUGUGCAACAUGGUUGUGACUCGUCUGGAGUUGGAGCUACGCUACCAAGGCAAGAAGUUACGUGGCGUGACCUGGAAGCUGACUCGAUCAGAACAUGGUUUCCUACCAGAGAGCUCUUGGCUCAUUGGGGCGCAGGUUAUCGUACCAUACCUCAUAUCAGGACUUGGAAUGGUCUCUGCGGGUAUCGUUAUGGACCUUAUACAACACUGGGAGGUGUUUAAGGUGAUCACAGAAGUUUUCAUCCUGGUUCCAGCUCUGGUUGGACUCAAAGGAAACCUGGAGAUGACCUUGGCUGCUCGCCUCUCUACCGCUGCUAACACAGGCCAAAUGGAUGACCCUGAUAAACAAUGGACCAUGGUGUGCAGCAAUCUGGCACUUAUUCAGGUCCAGGCCACAGUGGUAGGAUUCCUCGCCGCAGUGGCAGCAAUUUGUUUAGGGGCGAUUUCCAGAGGAGGUAUUGAACUGGAACAAGCAGCUGUCCUGUGCGCCAGCAGUAUCACCACCGCCUUUGUAGCUGCUCUGUCUUUAGGCCUGGUGAUGAUUGGAGUGAUCAUCGGCUCGAGGAAAGUGGGAAUCAACCCUGACAAUGUGGCCACUCCCAUUGCUGCGAGUCUGGGGGAUUUGAUCACCCUGUCCCUGCUGGCUGGGGUCAGCAGCGCGCUCUAUGAGUAUAAAGACAUAUGGUACCUGUCACCUAUGGUGUGUCUGGUCUUUCUCUGUCUCAUCCCGGUCUGGGUGUUGGUGGCCCGACAAAGCCCUCAGAUCAGAGAGGUUCUCCGUUCAGGAUGGCAGCCCGUAAUAGUGGCCAUGUCCAUUAGCAGCUUUGGAGGCCUUAUACUGGACAAGACAGUGAGUGAUCCCAACUUCGAGGGUAUGGCUAUCUUCACUCCUGUCAUUAAUGGAGUGGGGGGCAACUUGGUAGCCAUCCAGGCCAGCAGGAUCUCUACCUAUCUGCACUUUUGGAGCAUCCCAGGGGUGCUACCCUACAAGAUGAGGCAGCACUGGCCCAAUCCCUGCAUCACCUUCUUCUCCUCAGGGGUCAACUCAAAGUCAGCACGGGUGCUGCUGAUGCUCGUUAUACCCGGUCACCUGGUCUUCCUUUACGCCAUCUCUCUGCUACAAGGAGAGGAGGCACCUAUCUCCAUAGCCUUCACUGUCUGCUACCUGUGUGCUGCUUUGGUACAGGUGGCUAUCCUCCUUUAUGUUGCUGACCUAAUUGUCCGUUUGAUGUGGAGACGGAGUCUGGACCCUGACAACUUCUCCAUCCCGUACCUGACUGCCCUGGGAGACCUGCUCGGCACUGGUUUCCUGGCUCUCUGUUUCCGCUGCGUGUCAGUGGUUCAAAGCCUGGGUCUAUAAACUGAUUUUUUUUUCCAUUAAGAACUGAACUCUUAGCCUGCCACCAUCAUAUUGAACCCGAUUUUGUUGCAUUAACAAAAAUGCUUUUGAUUGGACAAUAAAGCAUUUUUUGGAUCUUUCCAACUGCGCCUGAGAAAUCCGUAUUUGUCACAAAUUCAAACCUUUACACUGAUGGGAGGUACAGCACUGGUGACAUCCACCCAUUUACAUCCAUCCAUCUGGAUAGGUUAUUCUGCUUGGACACAUCCACUUUAAGCCUAGCAAACAAUCAAUCUUUUUUUUUUAUUUUUGCCUAGCCAGAAUGAUGUCCUUCAUUUUGAAUUAAUGUUGACUGUCAUUCCUCUGUUUCUUGGUCCUUAUGUGGUUACCCUGCGUGGAAUAUGUAGCAACUUAUCAUAGUGGCAUGACGGCAAGAUUUUGUUUUGUCUUUUUAAAUCUAAGGGAUAGAACAGACUUAAAGCAGCCCGUGUUUGGGUGCACUGCACUAUGCAUUGAUUUUGGAGGAUAGAGAGGAUGAUAUAUGUCACCGUAUAAAUGACAUAUGUCAUACACUAACUCAGCAGUCCCCAAACCCCGGGCCACCGACUGGAAUCGUUCGGUACAGGCCACGUGAGUUGAGGCUAAGGUGUGAAAUGUAUUGUUAACUCAGUGUCCCUGGGUCUUUUCCCAUGUUUUAAUUGUGAGACUUAUUUUCAAAGAAAUAUUUAUGCGUUACCAUAGCGACCAGAGAGCA